AUGGUAUUUUAUCAAACAAAUAUCAAGAAUUUAAGAGUGUAUGGGUUGUGUUCUAUUUAUAAGAAAAAAAUAAAAUUUCAAUCUCAAGUAAAUAGGAAUAAUAUUGUUAUUAUGAGUUAUUAUUAUAAAAAACUCAAAUUAGAAAUCAGAUUGGAAUUAAAAAGAUUUGUUGAGAGUAUAAUUAUUUUUAUAAAUAUUAACAAAAUCAAAGAUUAUAUAAACCCUAAGAAAAUCAAAAACAAAAAUAUUAUCAUAAGAAUAAGAAUAGAUUAUAUUAUAAUUCAUAGAGAUACAAGAAUUUUAUAA